AUGUCUUCGUCAUCUAUUUGCCAGAAGGUCAUAAUUGUUGGCGCUACUGGAAACCUGGGACCCUAUCUGGUGUCGGCUUUUGAUGCCGACCCUGAUUUCCAGGUUUCCAUCUUGAGUCGCGCUUCAUCGGACUGCAGUCAAUUCCCACAGCACAUUCCAGUCCACCGUAUCGACAACAAUUAUAACACGAGCGACACAAAACUUGUUGAGAUACUCACAGGCCAAGAUGUGAUUAUCAGCGCGCUCGCCACACAGGCUGUUUUGCAGCAGAAGGCGAUCAUCAACGCCGCUGUCAAGGCCGGAGUCAAGCAUUUCGUGCCAUCGGAGUAUGGUCAUGAUACACGAAAUGAGCGGGCGGCACAAUUGCUUCCCCCUUGUUUCUUCACGCACAAAAAGCAAAUUGUUGAGUAUUUGCAGAGCAAGGAGGUAGAAGGAUUGAAGUGGACUGCUUUUGUGACUGGACCAUUCUUCGAGACCUUUGACUUUCAAAAAAGACAUGCGGUGAUCUUGAAGGAUUUUAGUGAUCACCACUGGUCUACUACGACGCUUAGCACUGUUGCUCUCGCGGUCAAAAAUGCUAUCUCAGCCCCCACGGAGAAAACCAACAAGUACCUGUUUGUCGAAUCUUUCAACGUAUCACAGAAUAAAAUCUUGUCUGCAGUGGAACGUCUCACAAAGGACAAAUGGGAGGUGAGUUACCAUGAUGCCGAAGAGCAGCGACAGACGGCGUCAGCGAAACUGUCUCGACGGGACUACAGUGGUCUUCCAACGUUGAUGGGCUACGUUACAUGUGUCGACGGGUAUGGCGGGGACUAUAUGCAAUACGAGGAGAGCGCGAAUGAUUUGCUGUCACUGCCACAGGAGAGUUUAGAUAGUGCCUUGAAGAAAAUGGUAGAAUGA